UUCUUCUUGCAACAGUGCUACCAACUACGCCACCGUGCUGCCUUAAAAUGGACGAAAUGAAUAAAGAUAAACGUCAGUAUACCCAGUUUUGCCCACGCUGCUGUAGGUCGCAGAGGAAGAAGAAACAGCUCUACUCGCCGUUCAGUGAUCGUUCAUUCUUUUCGAAGAUGGCGGACCCAGAAGCAUCAGUAAAGAAAAAGAAGAAGUCGAGGAAAGUCAGCGCAGAAGUAGUCGGGGAGAUCCAACAGAGUGGAGACUUCUUCAUCCAGCCAGCGUUAACCGCUGCUUCGCUAGAGACAUCACAGUGGCCCCUCCUACUAAAGAAUUUUCAUAAAUUGAAUAUUCGAACAGCCCAUUAUACACCUAUACCAUGUGGCAGCAACCCUCUGAAGAGGAAUAUCACAGACUAUGUCAAGUCAGGCUUCAUUAACCUGGAUAAACCAGCCAACCCCUCAUCUCAUGAGGUGGUGGCAUGGAUCCGGAGGAUCCUGCGUUCAGAGAAGACAGGUCACAGUGGAACACUUGACCCCAAGGUUACCGGCUGCUUGAUCGUCUGCAUAGACAGAGCCACACGACUGGUGAAGUCCCAGCAGAGUGCUGGUAAGGAGUAUGUGGGAAUCGUUCGCCUGCACAAUGCAAUCGAGAGUGAACAUGUUCUGGGCCGGGCCUUGGAGACGCUAACUGGAGCAUUAUUUCAGCGUCCGCCGCUGAUCGCUGCAGUUAAACGUCAGCUGAGAGUCCGAACGAUCUAUGAGAGCAAGCUGAUAGAGUAUGACCCAGAGAGAAGGCUUGGCAUCUUCUGGGUCAGCUGUGAGGCAGGAACCUACAUCCGGACUCUGUGCGUCCACCUGGGACUGCUACUUGGGGUCGGAGGACAGAUGCAGGAGCUCCGAAGAGUUCGCUCUGGAGUCCUGGGAGAGAAGGACAAUAUGGUGACAAUGCACGAUGUUCUAGAUGCUCAGUGGCAGUUUGACCACAAUAAAGAUGAGACGUAUCUGAGGAGAGUCAUCUUCCCUCUAGAAAAGCUGCUGGUGUCGUACAAACGGCUGGUGAUGAAGGACAGCGCGGUGAAUGCCAUCUGUUAUGGGGCCAAGAUCAUGCUUCCUGGUGUCCUUCGGUAUGAAGAUGGCAUUGAGGUCAACCAAGACAUUGUUGUCAUAACGACCAAGGGCGAGGCCAUCUGCACAGCUGUGGCUCUGAUGACUACUGCUGUGAUUUCUACAUGUGAUCAUGGCGUUGUAGCAAAAAUAAAGAGGGUGAUCAUGGAACGAGACACGUAUCCUCGGAAGUGGGGACUAGGGCCAAAGGCGAGCCAGAAGAAGAUGAUGAUUCAAAAAGGACUCCUAGAUAAGCACGGGAAACCAAAUGGCAGCACCCCACAGGAGUGGAAAGACCAAUACGUUGACUACAGUGUCUCUGGUGUGGUGGCCUCAAUUGACGCUUCAGCAAAGAGAAAGCGAGAGGCAGAGAGUGAUGGUGAAAUGGCCCAGCCCAGCACACCGUCUGCAGAGGAGCUAAAGAAAGAGAAGAAGAAGAAGAAAAAGGAGAAGAAAUCGCAGAUGGAGGAGGCAGAGGCCGAUAAAACAGAGGAGGAGCCUGACACACAAGUUGUUGAAAAGCCAAAAAAGAAGAAAAAAAAACAGAAGGAGGGUGACCCAUCGGACUGAAUGAUUCCUCAACAGAACUAACUCUUCCAUCCACUGAUGAACUGGGCGUAAAUCUCAGCACAAUGUGCUCAAGGAAGACUGAAAUUUACCUCGAGUCAGCAGGAGGACCUCACAGUGAGAAAGCUCAGCUGUAUUGUUCAACAGAAAGACAUUAGCUAUGGCCAUGAGUUGAAUGUGAAACUCUCAGUACCACAAAAGUCCACCCCUAACCUGUUGGGGAGCAGAGGAGUCCGGCUUGAUUCCUACUGCUAUAUCUUUGUGAAGCAGCAGUCCUUGGUUUUCUUUCUGCUGCCUCAGCCUCUGUCCUGUCACGUCCCCUCAGACAAGAGACUAUGAUGUAAAGAACGUAUUCAGGUCCUUUGGGUUAAUAUGAAAACAAAAGCAUGUAAAGGGUUCAUGCAUUGUGAAAACACAUUUGUGUAUGAAAGUUAUCAAUUUAUUUCAGUAUGUAAAUAUUUGACUUUUUUAUUUUGAAAUAAAAAUAUA